AUGGCCAUUGCGAAUAUUCAACGUCUGAUAGUUGUAUUUCUUGGUGCAUCGUUGGCUACAUCUCUAACACCCGAACAACGAAUCGAUUUAGAUAACUUCAUCAAUUCAACCAUGACGUGUAAGCUGGUUCCUGGUCUGACUAUAGCGCUGGUUCAAAAUGGCGAGACUGUCUACGCUCGUGGAUACGGGGUUAGUAAUAUGGAGACCGGCGAUCCCGUGACUGCUGAUACCUUAUUUGACAUGGCGUCAGUGACAAAGUCGUUCACAGCUACACUACUGGCCAUUUUAUUGAGCGAUCGGGCCGAUGGGGUUAACUUUGAAACCCCGGUAAGGCAGUACAUAAAUGACUUCAUAAUCCACGAAGAAGAUGACUUUCGGAACUCACAAACCAAUUUGCACGAUCUGCUAGCACAUAAAGAAGGCAAGUUCGAUGACAUAUUGUAUCUACAAUUGGGAGGCUUUGACAACGUAACUAGACGAAAUUACGUAAAACACCGGCAAUAUUUGGGGGAACGUUGUCCAUUUCGAAGUGAGUACGUCUAUCAAAAUGCUAUGUAUGCCGUGGCUGGUGCUAUUGCAGAAUUUAUUGGGGAAGAUUCGCUAGAAAACCUACUACAGACAAGAGUAUAUGACGCGCUGGGGAUGACGUCAUCACGAAUAAUGCACCUUCACUGGGACGAUGACAAUUUUGCUGAGUCAUACAUAUAUAUGCCAGAAGGAUAUUAUCACCAUGUUGAUAAAUCUACAUACUGGAGCAAUCACGUACAACUAGCCGCUGGUGGCGUCCUUUCUUCUGCUAAUGACAUGGCUAAAUACAUAAAGUUUCUGUUGAAUGACGGCAUGGAUGAGAAGGGAAACCAACUGGCACAUCCUCUUCACUUUGCAGAGACGCUGAAAUCACAGUUUGCCCAUGCAUCCCCAUCAAUACAAGCACGGCCGACAUACCCUGUGGACCAAUCCACAUUUACAUAUGCACUUGGCUGGGAUAAUACAGUUUACAGAGGAUAUGUUCGUAACGAACAUGCUGGUGCAUAUCCAGCUUUUGGCUCGAAACUUACCAUUUAUAAAGAUGUAAACAUUGGUAUAUUUACCGCUACUAAUGGUCCGUACGGUAUUAAUGACCACGAUGCUAUGAGUAGAAUACAAGCAUAUGCAUCUGACAUACUGCUCGGAGAGGAACCGUGGUUGAACACGACUACGGCAUGCACGUUCCCGGAACCUUGGGAGGAGAAAUCGAUACCUGCAGAACAAUACAAUAUAUGGGGAGGGCCAUCACAAGCGAACAGUGUUCUGGCGCUGAGUGACCUACAACUCAAUGCCACACGCCCUCUUGGAGACUAUGAAGGGAUUUAUAAUCAUAAAGCUUUGGGUAACACAACAAUCUAUAUGGACGAGUCUGCAACUCUGAGAUAUAAUUAUGGCACAUACGGGAUCGGCGAACUAAAACGCACUGGAGAUGAAUUCAUUUUCAUGGCGACUUUAGAAGGCACUAUGUCUUGGGCUCUUGACUACCAUUUGUCAGGUUUAUGUCCUGUGUCGUUCUUCUCCUCCGAUGGCAUAAAUAUAGAUGGGUUUACAUUUCCUUAUGUACAAGGCGUUCCCACUCCAAUGUUCAAAAGAGUGGAAUUAGAUUAUGAUCCGACAAACGAGCCCCCAACACCAGGGCGUAAAACGGAUCCAUCAAAACUCGGUUUGCAUUGUAAUCAAAUUGAACUUAUGGUCGUUUCUUUGGAAAUUGACUAUAUAUUCGCACAACUAAUUUCAUCACCAACAAAAAUACAUAUAUGUUUCUCAUCCUCGAUAAUUGAGAGCUGUUUAAUGUGUCAAAUUGAACAACAAAUGAUGGCACUGACGUUUGGAGCACUUGGUUAG